AUAUAUAUUUUCAGUUUUCCUAAGGAUUUAGGGCUGUUUGGCUGUGGAUGCACCCUACCUUAGUUCAGAUCAUUAUGUAAAGUCAAGGGAUGUAAGAAGGUAUCAGAAUGGGUGGAUCAUUAAUUAGAACACAGGGGAUGGGGGCUGAUAACCUGACUGAUGUUGCUGGGGCUGUUGAACAUGUUUCCUUAUCCGGGGAUGGUUGAAACGUUCCCAUUGGCUCUGGGUGUCACAUGCAAAAGCCAACUUUGUUCACUUGACAUUAAGUAGGAGGGUUUCACCAAACAGGAAAACGACUGGGGCUCCAGGAAUAAAUUGUUACAUGGGUUUGGGUGCAAUUCAAACAAAUAAAUGACUAUGAGCUCGUUUCUGAUUAGUUCCAAUUAUGUGGACCCCAAAUUUCCACCGUGUGAGGAGUACUCCCAGAGUGAUUACCUCCCCAGCCAUUCUCAGGACUAUUUCAGCAACCACAAGAGGGACAGCAGCUACCAACAUGGGGCGACCUACCCCCGAGCCCCCAGCUCCAGCCAGCCCUAUCCUCCCUGCCAGGGCUCUGGACUCCAGCCCUCUGUAGUGUCCCCCAGGACUCACCCCCCAGCAGGACUGAUCCCCGAAGACAAGCACAACGGUCAGUCCACCAGCCCCAAUUCACCUCCAUCCUGCAGCCAAAUAUCCCUGGACAGCAAGCCCCUGGACUCUCCUUGCCAGGAUCCGGUAGUCUACCCUUGGAUGAAGAAAGUGCACAUCUCAACUGCCAAUCCUGCUUAUUGUGGGCCAGACAGUAAGCGGUCACGAACAGCCUACACCAGGCAGCAGGUUCUGGAGCUGGAGAAAGAAUUUCACUACAACCGCUACCUGACACGCAGACGAAGGAUAGAAAUUGCGCACACUUUGCGUCUUUCUGAGCGUCAAAUCAAGAUCUGGUUUCAAAACCGGAGAAUGAAGUGGAAGAAAGACCACAAACUCCCCAACACCAAAAUCAGAUCUAACACCCCCGCAAGCCUCCAAAUAACUGGACCCCAAAACCUGACCAAGGGGGACAUGGGGUGUCCUUAAAACCAGCCACCAAAAAAAAAU